AUGUCAGUAUAUACGUCAGUGCACACAUCUGGACAUUAUCAGAUUCCUAUAGUUGUGAUCACAAACUGGAUAUACGUAUACAUCAUACAAACAUCAAAUACAUAUUGCUAUAUGGUGCAUGGUGCAGAUGUUGAUGUUGGUAAUCGACAGAUACCAUACAAGACAUCUGGAAUGGCUAUACCAAUCAGUGCGGUAGUUAUUGAUCGUCCGUCUUCCAGCGAAUUAACUGCUGUGAUCAGAGAAAAAAUGGUAGCAGAUUGCCUAGCUCGAGCACAGAAGCGUAGAUCUAGAUAUGCUGGUGAUUACUCUUCAACGGGAACAGGACAGCAACCUACUGAAACCAACCAUGUCAUAACUCAAUCGACUGCAAAUUCUGAUAAUUUGGACAACUCUGUCAAACAGUCCAAUGGGAAAAUGGUAGAAGAAUCUCUAGCUCGAAUAAAGCAGCGUAAAUGUAAAUACACUGGCGAUUGUUCUUCAACCGGAACAGGACAACAGUCUACUGAAACCAGCCAUGAUGUAGCUCAAUCAACCGUAGAUCCUAAUGAUUUGGACAACUCUGUCAAACAGUCCAAACAGUCUGAUGAAUCGCCGUCAUCCUCUCAGUCCAAACAGUCUGAUGAUAUAUUUGAUAUCACAACAUGUAGUGAUCCCUAUCCUCUUCCCGAAAGCUAUGUUUCAAAGAACGAACAGUUUAUUCUCACACCUCGGCAAAAACUGGAUAGGAUCGAAAGAAUGAUGAAAAAGAUAGGUAUGGAUAUUCCAAGUGGAGCUGAAAAUACAUAUCCAUACAAGGUGAAUGCCGAGGCAAAACAGAGAAUACAAGAAGCUAUACAAACGGGACGUAGAAUGACUCCAUUUGAUAGAAGGAAUCUAAUGAGACUGAAACUAGCAAAAGCAUGGGUGUGUUACAAUUUGGAACUCGAGUCGUUCAAGGAAAUGUCGAUAAACGCUGUAUCUGAGCCAAAUCCAAAACCAAAACCAAAACCAUCCGAAUCUACUUCUAAAUCUCAUGGUUCAAAACAGAGUUAUUUUAAAAUCCAUCAGUCAAAAUCAAAUCGUCAAGAAAAUCAAUCCACUUUAUCAGCUUGGAAACUUAAACUCAAAAUUAAGAAACCUAAACUACCAAAACUGACAGUGUAUAGUAAAUCAAUGUUUGGAAACUAG